AUGCCUUGUUUUGUCAUCGCCUGCGCGCAUGUGAUUCCACACACACAGUACAUGGAUAUUCGGCUCCCUUUCUCUCUUACUCUUUCUCCUCUCUUGCUCAUCCUACCCUAUAGAGCGGAACAGAGUUCCACUUACACACAGAGCUAUACAGGCAUCCCUGACUCCCGACUCCCGACUCUCGGCUCCUGA